AUGACAGAGCAGGUGUCAAUUGAGGCGACCAUCCUCAAGGCGCUGUCGAGUACCGAGCGAGUGUUCUCGACAGAUGUAGCAGAGUCGAUUGGGGCCGACCACCAGGACGUCGUGGGCGCUGGUAAGUCGCUGGAGGCGGAUAACUACAUCCACUCGGAAAUGGAGCAGAGGAUGGUCCUAAAGCUCUCCAGCGAGGCUCUGCAGAUUAUGGAGAGCGGUAGCCCCGAGUACCGAGUCUGGAGUCUGCUCAAGGAUGACAAGAUGAGUCAGGAGGACGUAGCGAGCAAACUCGGCAAGGAGGCAACGGGGGUGGCGCUGGCCAACGGCAUCAAGUCGAAGAUGUUCAAGACGACAAAGGAGGCGGGGAAGGUCUUUCUGGAGCGCGUGCCGGGCAGCGAAAAUGUCGUUGACACUGUUCGGGAGUUGCUAAAGGAGACUGCCGCCGCCGCGAACCAAAUUGAUGCCAAGGCGAUGGAGACGCUCAAGAAGCGUAAGCUCGCGGCGAUGGAGGCGAAGAAGGUCUUUGUGUAUACAAAGGGGCCGUCAUACGCUGUGGAACGUGCUGCGAAGGCAGUGGGGGACCUGACGCGCGAGAUGCUCGCCGACGGCUCGUGGAAAGAGCGUCAGUUCAAGGAGUACAACUUCUCUGCACAGGGUGCGGAUGUGGGUGGCGGUGCACUGCAUCCGCUUUUGAAGGUGCGCCAGGAGUUCCGCGAGAUUCUCAUGGAGCUUGGGUUCCAGGAGAUGAGCACGCAGCAUUGGGCAGAGGUGUCGUUCUGGAACUUUGACUCGCUCUUUAUUCCCCAGCAGCAUCCGGCGCGGGAUCUGCAGGACACCUUCUUCCUGUCAAAGCCAGAGACCUCAAAUGUGAGCGACUUGGAGUACGUGGAGCGCGUCAAGGCGCAGCACGAGGAGAGCUUCCGUACGCCGUGGAAGCUUGAGGAGGCAAGUCGCAACGUGCUGCGUACCCACACCACCGGCUCCUCAGCCUUCGUGCUAAAAAAUCUCGCCAAAUGUGCGAAGCGUGGUCCAGAUGGCAAGCUGCACUUUACUCCUGGGCGGUACUAUAGCAUUGACCGCGUAUUCCGCAACGAGGAAAUGGACCGCACCCACUUGUGCGAGUUCCACCAAGUUGAGGGGUGCGUGAUUGAUCGCGACAUCUCUCUUGCCAAAAUGAUGCACACUUUCGACUCCUUUUUCCGUCGCAUUGGCGUUUCUCAGCUACGCUUCAAGCCCGCCUUCAACCCGUACACGGAGCCCUCAAUGGAGAUCUUUGGCUUCCACACCGGCCUGAACAAGUGGAUCGAGGUGGGAAACAGCGGCCUCUUCCGACCAGAGCUGCUGCGCCCAAUGGGCUUCGAAGACGACGUGGCAGUGAUGGCUUGGGGGCUUUCGCUAGAGCGACCGACGAUGAUCAAGUACGGUAUCAACAACAUUCACGAGCUCUUUGGCCAUCGUGUUGAUAUUCGCUCCAUCAAGCGCGCCGCAAUUGCCCGCUAUUAG